CUUUGUGGAAUAAGUUGUUGAUUUGGCAUUGUCUGUUCUUGGUGUUUGUUAAAUCAUCCCACAAGGAGCGGCGUGGAAACAGACCCACAGAGCAGAAAGGAAGUUCAGAUUUAUUGCUGGGUUGGCGUCCUGCAUAAAUAUAUACGCAUUAGAAAUACUGAGAUUUACAACCCCUUCAGAAAUGAUAGACGUUCUUUGUAAUAAAUCGCCCGAAAGCGAAAUGUAUUUCUGCCACGGCCACUAUUUAUCUUCACAGCGUAUUACAGGGUUGUUGUGGCUUAAUGUACAGUUCACACCGGUGACCUUACACCGCGCUCCUGCGAGAGGCUCAGUUAAAAGAGCCACAGACAGAAGGCUUUGAUUGUUCUCGUUUUGCACCCAUUAGGGCGCUUCAAUAUCGCCUUACUUCUGAAGACUUCAGAGGCAUCGCUUGCUGUUGUGCAUCAGCAGUAAAGAGCACGAGCACCCGAGCGUCCGAGGUGUUUUUGGGGUGUGCAUGCGCACUGUACACAGAGAGUCAAACAGCCGUAGAUAUUUAGCAGUUUGUACGCGGCACAUUUCAAAGCAUCUCUGUGCAAUAUUUUUGAAAGGAGUCGUGCAGCGAACGCAUGCGUGUCUCUUUUAAAACAAGCCCAGCUCGCGUCAAUCAUACCGAAUUGCAACCAAUCCCACGGCAGUAUUUUUUAAAAGCAGAUCUGCCUGCUGUGCUUUUAUAUCGCGCCAUGGCCUGUUUCGAGACAUUUUUUACUACUACGGUUAUUGCCACAAAGCAAGAGGGCACAGUAAACGGCAUGGGACGUACACCAGCUUUAACUAGCUUGAGCCUCCUUCCUGCUUCUCCGGCGAGGUUCAGGGCUAGGAAUGCCACAUGCAGAUGAUAUACAGCAGGGAUGAUGGAAAACACGAUUUCUAGGCACAUCCCAAGCAUAAGAUUGGUUGAUUUUGCAGGUUCACAGCCGCACUCACAACAAAACAUGACAGGCCUGCCGAGGUUUAGUGGCUGCCCUUUUUCUUACGUCUAUCCUGGGGAGACUAAUACUGAACCCAGCGUGGUGCUGCCACCUUUGGCAGGGGAGCACAUGGGGCACCCCACCGGCAGCUCCUUAAAACUCUGCCCCUCGCACAGUUUACGAGACUACCCCGAGUCGAGGUCCGGUGCUUAUGUUGGUUACUCUGCCCCCCAGCCUUCAGACUCCGGAUACGCAAGCCACCGCGUAGCACAAAAUCCUAGGGGCAUUGUCGGUGGAGCCGACCUCUCCGGGACGAGCAUGCCGCCCGUUACCGAUCAGCUGGCGACGCGGAGCUCCCACCACGGGGCUCUUGGAAGGUACCGUGACCUUCCCAGCUAUAGAGAAGGCAGGAGCCACGCGAUUUUCACUGCCUACCACGAGCAGGCCCACGGCUCGCCCGACGGCCCGGUGGUGCUGGGUCUGUCCGGGGACCUGCUCUCCAGACCUCCCGCCUACGGCCAGCCCCUCGGAGGCGCGCGGGGCCACAGGGAGCUCGUGACCCAGCUGUACGGGCUGUACAAGCCGAUGGGCAUGGCCGUGCAGAGAGGAGCGGAGCCGUUCCUCAGGUGCUCCAGGCAGAACGUCAAGCGAGAGCUGGUCUGCAAGUGGCGGGGCGACCAGGAGGGGGCCGGGGAGCGGCCCUGCUCCAGGACUUUCGGGACGCUGUACGAGCUGGUCACUCACCUGACGGUGGAGCACGUUGGGGGACCAGAGCAAGCCGAGCACGUCUGCUACUGGGAGCGCUGCUCCAGGGAAAAGAGACCCUUCAAAGCCAAGUACAAGCUGGUGAACCACGUCAGGGUGCACACGGGGGAGAAGCCUUUCUCCUGCCCCUUCCACGGGUGCGAGAAAGUUUUCGCCAGAUCAGAGAACCUCAAGAUCCACAAGAGAACGCACACAGGUGAAAAGCCCUUUAAAUGCGAGUUCGAGGGCUGCAAUCGGAGAUUCGCGAACAGCAGCGACCGGAAGAAGCACUCUCACGUGCACUCCAGCGAUAAGCCCUACACGUGCAAGGUCAGGGGUUGCGAGAAGUGCUACACGCACCCCAGCUCCCUCCGCAAGCACAUGAAGCUGCACUGCAAGGCCUACGGCGCCAAGGCGAGCGAGGAGCGGGAGCAGCCCGCCGCGGGCGGGUCUCCCAAGCCCCGGGACCUCCAGAGCGACCCUCCUCCAAAGCCCGUCGUGCUCUGCGCCUCCUCGUGCCCGGCGCUGCCCGGCGCGGCGGCGGCGGCGGACUCGUUCGCCACACAGGCCCGAAGCGGCUCCUCGCUGGCCACUCCGUUCCCUCCCCAGUACCACAAAGGUUUGGACUGCUCCUCCGCUCGCUCGCCCUCGGUCUUGGACCCGCUGCUCUUACAGAGGGGACCUUUCAGGACUGACCUGCAGUUCCCCGCCAGCCAGCCUGGAAAUGCUCUGGCCCAGAGUCCCCGGGUUUUUCAGUCGCACAGCGCCCCUCCUUUCCAGAAGGGAAUUGUCAAUGGGUGGUACACCUGCCACAGUGCCGCCGAGCCCUGCAUAGCAAAGCACUUGAACAGCGACAUCUCUUCUGCGUGAGGAGAGAGCAGGAGAGGGAACACUGCUAACGCUUACAUCUGGCGUCGCUUCAGCCUCUCGGAGAGCGAGGGUGACGCUGAGGGAGCGGGUUGUGGUGCGGACGGACUGCUGGUUAUAUGUGGGGUUUUUUUAGGUGAAAUAUGUAGCUGCUUCACUCGUCAGAAACUGCGCAGCACGACAGGCUGAGGACCCGGAAUGUGAUGUCUGAAAGUCCCCCUUUCUGUCCUUUAAAAGAAUGUAAUUGCUUUAAUGCCCUCACACGCCGAAAUGUUUGGCUUUAUUAGUGCAGCCUGUUAGUGUUCUGCUUUAAACGUGACUGUGGUGGAAAUGAUACUGUACUUUUUAAAUGUGACGAGCUCGGUCCUUACCCUACUGUAAGCAUCUCACCGCAGUCCAGCGCACUGGUUAGUAAUCCGAUUGCAAGCUGGGUGUUGCCACCUAUUUGUGUAGGUACUUUUCCCCUCGUUCAUUUUUUUUCCGCCUGUUUUCUUCUGAAUUAAAAACACACCAGCAGGA